GGGGCGGGAAGGGGCAGCGGGGGCGCUCCCGGCGCCGCGGUUUCCCGCCGGAGCGGCACGGCGGUCGCUCCUUCCGGUGUCCUUCCCGGCGGGGGCGGCGGCGGGGCGGCCAUGGCGCAGAACCUGAAGGACCUGGCGGGGCGGCUGCCCACCGGGCCCCGCGGCGUCGGCACCGCGCUCAAGCUGCUGCUGGGCGCCGGUGCCCUGGCCUACGGCGUGCGAGAGUCCGUCUUCAUCGUGGAGGGCGGCCAGCGCGCCAUCUUCUUCAACCGCAUCGGCGGCGUGCAGCAGGACACCAUCCUGGCCGAGGGGCUGCACUUCAGGAUCCCCUGGUUCCAGUACCCCAUCAUCUACGACAUCCGAGCGCGGCCGCGGAAAAUCUCCUCCCCCACUGGUUCCAAAGACCUGCAGAUGGUGAACAUCUCGCUGCGGGUGCUGACGCGGCCCAACGCGGCCGAGCUGCCCAGCAUGUACCAGCGGCUGGGGCUGGACUACGAGGAGCGAGUGCUGCCCUCCAUCGUCAACGAGGUGCUCAAGAGCGUCGUGGCCAAGUUCAACGCCUCGCAGCUCAUCACACAGAGGGCCCAGGUGUCUCUGCUCAUUAGGCGAGAGCUGACAGAGAGAGCCAAGGAUUUCAGCCUCAUCCUGGACGAUGUGGCUAUCACAGAGCUCAGUUUCAGUCGUGAAUACACAGCUGCUGUGGAGGCUAAGCAAGUGGCCCAGCAGGAGGCACAGCGUGCCCAGUUCCUGGUGGAGAAGGCCAAGCAGGAGCAGAAGCAGAAGAUAGUUCAGGCCGAGGGAGAAGCAACAGCUGCCAAGAUGCUUGGGGAAGCUCUCAGCAGGAAUCCAGGCUACAUCAAGCUACGUAAGAUCCGAGCUGCUCAGAACAUCUCAAAAACGAUUGCUGCCUCACAAAACCGUGUGUAUCUGACAGCAGAUAACUUGGUGCUGAACCUGCAGGAUGAGGCCUUCACCAGGUAAAGGGGCUGGGUGCCUGGGUUUGUCUGCACCCUACCUGGGAAGCUGCUCCCCUUUCUGGAGCUCUCUCAGGAUCUUUUUCUGAGGG